AAUGACUACAACUACCAGGAAUAUUGACUGCACAACUUUGGGCAGUCACCCGAGCAAAUGUAAUUGUAACACAAGCAAACGAGAAGUCUUGAAGACUAGGCAACUGAAGAAAAACUCAAUAACUAGUUUUUACGAUUACAGCCGUGCAGGGGGAGCUUGCCUGGUCUGGGUUGAGAAUGUCGGAGUUGAGCGACGAGGCGAGUGAAUCGGAGCAGUUUGGUGUCAGUCUCUCCCUGUGGCUAGGGGAUAUUAACACUUUAGUACGACCUGAGGAAUUGGAUGUUCCCCUCGACCUCCACACCGCCUGCUCUAUUGGCCAGUAUGAUGUGGUAUCAGAGUGUAUUAAAAAAGGGGAGGUGAAUUUGGACAGCAAGAACAUUGGUGGCUGGACUCCUCUGAUGUAUUCCUCAUAUAUUGGGCAUGACAACAUUGCUAAUCUUUUGCUGGAGGCUGGAGUGAACGUUAAUGCCACCACUGGCAAAGGUCUGACACCCCUUAUGCUGGCAGCGAGCUGUGGGAAUGAAAGCAUUGCAUACUUCCUUAUGCAGCAAGGUGCUGAAUUGGAGCUGAAGGACUCUCGAGGCUGGACAGCCCUGUACCACUGCACCAGCACUGGCCACCAGCAGAUGGUCAAGUUCCUGUUGGAUAGCAAUGCCAAUGUCAAUGUGAGAGAGCCAGGGUCUGGCUUCACUCCGCUGAUGGAGGCUGCUGCUUCUGGACAUGAAAUCAUUGUACAAUGCCUCCUUGACCAUGGUGUCAAAGUAGAUGAGCGGAAUGCCAAAGGAGAGACCGCCCGUGCCCUCGCUAUGAUGUACGGCCACACAAAGAUCGCCAGCCUCAUUGACAUGCGCUCUCCUAAAGUCAAAGCAGGACACUUUGAGGACCUGAGCUCGUCGGAGGACUCUGACAGCAGUGCUCCCCCCAGACUGAGUCGCUUGAGUCGCAGCCGAGCCAAGGGCCCCAGCAUCCACGAUGGGCCUCAAGCCAUCGCCAAAUUCAGAGUGGGAGGCCCCAGCAAACACUCAGAGCCAGCGGUUGCGCCCCCGGGAUACAUUGCAUUCCGUGAUGUCGGGGAGCAGAGUGAGGGCAUGUGUUUCCGUGACGUCACCUCACCUAUCAACGAGCUGGACGGUCAGAGCAACAGCAGCAGAGAUGAGAGCCCCUUCUUUGAUAACGACAUGCCCACCAUGAGGAGCAGCAGUAGCAGCAGCGAGGGACUUCCCCGCGUGAUCGGACUUAGCCGGGAGGGCUCGCUGGAGAGUAACGAGGACUCGGAUCAGGCUAAAAAGAGCUGCUCCCGCCGCGCAAACAAGGGUCAUCACGGUAAAGGCAAGGGUCGCCAUGGUAGCAGCAGUGAAACGGUGCAGCCCGGUGGCCCAGGGAACUGUGGGAUGCGCUCGCCUGUAGGUGGUCGUCCCAACUAUGCAGGUCCCAAGGAUCUGGCUGAGUUCCUGGAGCAGAUUGGCUUUUCCAAGUACCUCCCCCUGUUGGAGGAACAGGACAUUGACCUAAGGAUAUUCCUCACCCUCACAGAGAAUGACCUUAAGGAAGUGGGAAUCACGCUUUUUGGACCCAAGCGCAAGAUGACCUCAGCGAUUGCACGUUGGCACAGUAGUGCCCGGCCACCUAGUGAUGCUCUGGAGCAGGCCUACGCUGACCAGCUGGAGGCUGAGAUGCAGGAGAUGGCCAUUCAGCUACAUAAGCGGUGUGAGGAGGUGGAGGGCCUGCAGGGCCAGAUGUCUCAGGAGAAAGAAUUGCGCACAGUGAUGGAGGGAUGCCUGAUGGAGUACAAGAUGGCCUGGAGGAAGGUGCACACAGAGCUGGUAGACAACCACAGGCUGGCCCAGGACAUGAAUGCCGUGCUAGAAAAGGCCCGCGCCUGCCGCUGCGAGCUCCUGUCUCGCCUCAGUGCCGACGGCAAUGGCAGUCCUUACCGCGGCGACGGAAAACUGAAAGGCGAUACUGGUGGAAAAGGUGGAGAAGGCUUGAAGUCCACCAGUAUCUCUGAGUUAAUGACAACACUGGAUUCGUAUGAAGAGGAGCUAGGGGAGACCCUCCAGGCUGUCCUGCAGAACCUGAGAAGACUGAGUGUCCCAGAGAAGGUCACAGACAGCUGGGAACAGCCUUAGGCAGUACUGGCUUCCUGACAAUGCUGACGGAGGGUGAACAUGCCACCCUGAACACACUCAAUGGACUGGGAGUGGGCCAGACCAGCUGGCCUGACUGGAUACAGUGGGAUGAGGACCAGUGUUCCCAGGCGCUCCCGAAUGGGACAGGGGUUGUGGCCUCUAGCCUGGCCAAAGAUGGAAGAGGCCAUUGGCAGCUACUGCAGGGAUAUGACAAACGGGCAAGGGCAGCUGUCCCUCACAUGCCUGUGCUGGUGAUGGUGGACUGCCUCAGUUGAAUUAGGAGGUGCAGUCGGGGGAAAGCUGAUAAACCAGCAAAGCUGUCUGGCUGUAGAUCCUAUACUAUAUGUAUGAGACACAUGCAUGCUGUGAUCAAUGAUGCAGCCAAACAAAAUAAAGAUCACUCAUGUUUCUAACUAACCUGAUCUUUGACAUGAAGAGAAUAAAUGUACAUGAAUUGAUCAUUUUAGAUUUUAAAAAAAAUAUGUUUUGUUGCAUGUUAGUGUCAUCCUGCUGAAUGUAACCUCCCUUGUUAAUCUUUCACCACGCCUGUGUUACUGUCUUCUAUAAUGUUUACCUGUGUUUUGUGGGAUGAUUUUUUUUCAAACUUUCCAUUUUAUUGUUCAUGUUCAUAUGUUAAGUAUGACUUCGGUGAAUGUAGUGUGUAAUCAAAAGCGCAAUAAAUGUUGUCGUGGCAGUCUAAAACCUGUGCAUUAUUAGGUUAACUUUCCAGGCAAUUUUAUCUUAAUGGUAAUUUCUCAACAUUGUAGUAUACCAGUCUUACUUUCAUUAUUAAUUACAUGUUUAAUUAAGGUGUAAGCACAAUUUAGUCUGUGUAAUCUAUUCCUUUUCAAAUUCUAGUUCCGUAAGCAUUAUGGCAAUAUGUCCCAUUCAAAAGGUCACUCACUGACUGGUUUAUGAUACAGCUGAGCUUCAAAAUAUUUUAUUGCCAUAGAAAACAGUGCUGGAGAUUCCUUUCUGAUGAAUAAAGGCCACAUCAU